ACUAACCCUUCGUUCUCAACACUCAUUUACAGCAGUGCUGUCUUGUCUUCUUUCAUUAGCUCUCACUGCUGGUCAUUAGAAGCACACUUGUUAAUACAUUCACUCCAACAUUACCAAUUCACUUGCCUCAGUAAUUAACUCAAAACAUCAACAUGAAGUUCUCACUAGUCCUCGCCACUUUCGCGGCCGUCGCCACCGCCGCACCGUUGAUCAGGAACACCCAACUCAGCCGUCGUGCCCCCGUCUUCACCGCCAAGACUUACAACGAGCUGUCCAUUAGCGACGGCACUGCUGGCAACGGCAAGGCCGAGGCCCUCGAGAAGCUGAGCGGCCUACCCACCAACCUCGCCACAGUCGAUGAAGCCGACAUCACGUUUUUGAACGCGGUCAACCAAAUUUCCAAUGACGCCGAGCGAGGCGCAUAUAACGUCAAAAUCGCGGCUGCUACCCCCGGCGAGGAGGUGUUGGCUCUGCAGCGCGGCAAGAUCAAGAACAAGAUCUUCAAGCUCACCGCCACGGUCCUUCAGCUCGAGGCCCAGCAGGCGCAGGGCGAAAACGUGACGGCCAAGCUGACCGAGGAGACGACCAAGCUGAACAAGAACAUCGCAGACGACGAGGCGAACGCAGGAAAGGCAUCCACUGGGCUUCCGUUCGAUGCUACUACUGCCAAUCCCGAGGCGUCGAAUGUGGCUAAGGAUGAAAUGCUGGCGGCCAAAGCGGGUGAUGUUGUGAAAGCGUCAGAGAAAUUGGCUGCGGCCGCGGCUGCGGGGAAUGCCGCUGCCAGGAAUUAGGAUGCGGGUACCAAAUCUGCUGACUCGAAGGAGCAAUGAAAGAUUAGAAGAUGAUGUCGCAGGUGACAACAAUGUGGCAAUGCCGGGGCUUAUGAGAAUCCUUAGAUAGGGACAUUCAAAUGGCACUCUAACAUUAUGCUGCCAAACAACGCUCCCAAUCAAUAUUGAGUUCAAGUGUCAUGUGCCUAGUACUGGGUAGUCGUACCCUAAUUGGCGAGACUCAGCUAUCGGGGCGAAGUCCUUGUCAGAUCCUUCACUGGGACACUGGUUGGCUUAGGAACGUGACGGUGGCCAUCAAUAAAAAGCACACGCGGUAGGAGACACUUCAGACGAAUUGGCCCAGUGAUACGUUGGAGUUGAAAACGGUCACAUACACAAAUCAGAUGAGCGCUGGUGACCUGCCACGUGGAAGGUUGGGACGAGAAGUUGAUGCGGGAAGGAGUCAACCCGAAAAGCUUUGUCUGUCCAAUGAGCAGAGCGUUGGGUUCC